AACGUUCGCGAUUCGCGACGUGUCAUCAAACAAAACAUCCGCAGCAUGCAGCUAGCUGCUGAACUGACGCGUCAAAUUUGAAUCGUGCCAAAAUUUAGUGAAAAUUUCGGCCGUAUGUGAUGAUGGCUCUACUCUGAUUAAGGAGAAAGUAAGCUCAAAUUGACACCCACAUUCUGGAGCCUACUGCGUGGACCUGUACUAGUACAUUUUAACAUUGUUUGGGCAGUGCCUACGAUAAACAAAGUGCAUCGACCCAAACUGACUUUCGGGAAGUGAUUUAUUAAUAACCAUUUGCUGUUCAUCAUGCCUCUCAAUUUGAAAAGAAAUGGAGUAGUUACAGCCCAGAUUCGAGAGGACAAAGUUCCAAUGAUUACCAGGGCCAAGAGGAAGUCAAAUGAAGUGAUUGGAAUACAGGGACCAAGUAAGAAGAGAGCGGCGUUUGGUGACAUCACGAAUGCCUUCACCAGUAAAAAUAUUUUAGGGCAGCCCAAGAAAGGAUUAGUGAAGAAGCCUCCUGUGAAAUCCUCUAUUCCGAUCAAGGCCGUGUCAAAGGUCAAGGAGAAUGUUACUAAAGACCAUAGGGUACCUCCAGUGGAAACAGAGAAAGCUGUGACGACCAUCUUGCCAGAAACCCUACCAAGUACAAGUGCCAAGGAUACUGAAUUUGUUGAAUCAAUGAACAAGAAGAAUCUGGUUUCAUCUCCCAGUGUUGAGAUCAAAGAUGCAGUUGCAGCCAUCUCACUAGAAUCUGAUGAGGUAGAGGAAGAACGGGUAAUAUCAGAGGAAGAGACAGAAGAGAUUGAGGAGUACACAGACAUUGAUGCAGAGAACUUGGGUGAUCCUAACCUAGCUCCGAAUUAUGCUGCAGACAUUUUCAAAUACCUCAAAGAAAAGGAGGAAUCAAGUCAGAUUGAUGACUACUUCAGUAGACAGAAGGAUAUCACCCGUCACAUGAGGUCUGUACUGGUUGAUUGGCUUGUUGAAGUACAGGAGAACUUUGAACUCAAUCAUGAAACACUCUACCUAGCAGUCAAACUCACAGACAUGUACCUCGCAAAGUGCAAGAUUGCCAAGGACCUACUGCAGCUCCUAGGAGCAGCCUCGCUUUUCAUUGCCUGCAAAUUUGAUGAGCGUAUACCACCAGCCCUAGAUGAUUUCCUGUAUAUCUGUGAUGAUGCAUACUCUAGGACACAGUUUACUGAUAUGGAGAGGAAAGUACUAAGGGUUGUCAACUUCUCUCUUGGUGUCCCACUCUCCUACAGAUUCCUCAGAAGAUAUGCAAAGUGUGCCCAUGCUACCCUGGAGACUCUUACCCUAGCUAGGUUCAUUCUAGAACUCUCAUUAAUGGAGAGUACAUUCAUUACAAUGGCUGAUUCUCUCAUAGCAUCCUCUGCUCUCCUUCUAGCUUUCAGGAUGAAAAGCAAUGGCACUUGGGAUGCUACACUGAGACACUAUUCAGGUUACAAGGAAGAAGAUUUGAAGCAAUGCAUGUACCAGCUAAACUCAAUGCUUAACAGAGAACCAAACAAACAACUUGCCACUGUCAGGAACAAGUACUCUCAUCCUUUGUUCUAUGAGGUAGCCAAGAUCCCAUGCAUUGACCCGUUGGAGUUAUGAUGCAGUACCUAACUCAAUGCCACCAUCAUCUAUCAAGAAUCGCCGCCACCAUCAUCGUCAUCACUGAGGUCAUUCAUGGUGAUUGAAUGACCAAGAAAAGCCUUUGCUAUCAAGCCUCGGUCAGUGAACCAUCAUUCCAUGAAGAAAAUAGUCUCAUUUAUAGAGUCAAAAUCAUUGAAUUACAAUCCAUGUUCAGGGGUGUAUCCAGCCAGAGUACUAAGAAACAACACUUUUGAUUGGCUGAUGAUUGUACAUUAUCGAAACAUCCCUUGAAAUGGUAUUGUAUCUAACUUGGCUGGAUGUACCACUGAUCCAGCCAAACCAGCUAUCAUGUACAGUUACCAAUUCCAGGGGCGGUAUUCUGAAAACGUUCUUAUCUUAAUUUUGUUCUUAUCUACGUCACGAUCUCAAAUUGGUAUUCUGAAAACGUUCUUAUCUUUUUCUUAUCUUUUGUUCUUAUCUUUUUCUUAUCCUGCUAAACAUCCUUUGCUGAGCGCGUAAAUGUAUUACUCGCGCAUAUAAUACAAAAGCGCGCUAAAAAGAUAAGAACAAAAUGAAGAUAAGUGGUAUUCUGAAAACGUUCUUAUCUUUUCUCUUUCUUAUCUUUCACGAUAUUUAUGAUAAUAUUUAAGAUAGCUAGAGGGUUAUCACAUCUCACGAUGUCCGCGUUCUUUCUUGCUUAAAAUCGAUGGCCACUAUUAGUAACAAGUACCCACAAGUAUUCCUCCCACCCUUUCUUUCAUUCACCCUUUAUUUUCCCGUCUCUUUUUUCUAUCCCUUUUUUCUUUCUUUCUUUCUUUAUUUAUUUUCUCUUUUUCUUCCUUUCUAUCUGUCUGUCUUUCUUCCUUUCUAUGUGUCUGUCUUUCUUUCUUUCUUUCUUUCUUUAAGUUUAUCCCUCAUUUAUAUCUUUUGUUUUAUUCUUUUGAAUCUUUUAAUUUCUUUACUUUUCUUUUGCUUUGUUUCAUUUAUUCUUCAUCUUUCUUCCAUUUUUAUUUUCCCUUUUCAUUUUAUCCCUUUCUUUCUUUUCUUGAAUAAGUCUUUAUUUCUGCUUUUAUUCUUUCCCCUUUCUCUCUUCCUUUCCUCUUCUUUUCUUUUCAUUUUUCUUUCUUCCGUCACAUUUUUGUAAUCUUUUUAUUUCUUCCUUAUGUUUUUCUUUCAUUCUUUCGUCUUUAUAUGUGCUUUUCCUUUUUUCCCCUUUUUCUUUCUUUCUUCCCUUAAUAUUAAUUUUUUCCCCUUAUUUUUGUUUUCUUUUUUUUUCUUUUUAUUUUUGGGUUCUUUUUUUUUUCUUUUUUCGUUCAUUCGUUUGUUCUUUCUUUCAUUUUUUUUAUAUUUCUGCUUCCUGACACUCUUGUGUCUUAUUUACUUUCUUUCUUGUGUUUUAUUCUUUAUUUCGCUUAUUCUUUUUUCGUUCAUUCUUUAUUUACUCUUUCUUUACUUUCCUCUCUGUGUCUUUCUUCUAUCAAUUUAAAAAAACCUUUUUCUUUAUUCUUUCCAUUAAUGUUUUUUCGUUUUCUUUUUUUAUUCAUUCUUCACUUUUCCUGACUUUUUAUUUUCCCUUUUCGUUCCUUUUCUUUCUUUGAAUUUUCCUUUCUUUCUUUUUGUCUUUCUGUAAUCUUUAUUUUUGCUUUAAUUUUCCUUUCACUUUUUUCUCUCUCAUCUUUAUUUCUUUGUUUCAUUUUCCUUUUCCUCUCUUUUUAUUCUUUUUUAUUUUGUCCUUUACUUUUUUCCUUUAAGUUACUUUCUUUUCUUUCUUCAUUUUUUCUUCCUCACUGUAUCAUUGAUAAUCGUUCUAUUUUUUUCCCUUAUUUUAUUAUUUUUUUAUUUUUUUAUUUUUAAGUUCUUUUUGCUUGCUUACUUUCGUUUACUCUUUAUUUCUUUCAUUAUUUUUUGCUUUGUUCCUUUCAUCUUUUUUUUAUUCCUGCUUCAUUCUGACACAUUUCUGUCUACUUACUUUCUUUCUUCAUAUUUUAUUCUUUAUUCGUACCUGCUUUAUUUACUUUUUAUCUUUACUUUCUUUCUUUCUUUAUUUUGUGCACGUGUCUCGAAAUAAUAAUCAGUCAUUGCGUAUAAAAUUGCUAUUUCGCGCAAUGCGCCAGAAACAGUGUACGCAAGUACAGCGCCCAUGAUAUUCUCUUGACAUAACGAACGCUUCUAUUGGUUAAACUGCCAAUAUAAAGCGCAUUUUGAUUGGUAAUAUCCUAGAAAUGGGCGUGUUGAAGAUAAGAAGGAGGCAGUCCUUACAAAGAUAAGAACGCGUUAAGAAGAUUUUCAGAAUACCGAUUUGCAAUGAUUUUAGCGUCUUCUUAUCUCAAUGAGAUAAGAUAAAAGAUAAGAACAAAGAUAAGAACGUUUUCAGAAUACCACCCCAGGACUCUACACAUCUCUGUGUUUUAGGUCAUGGGUUCUUAUCAUUGUGGAGAGAGGUACUUGUGUAGUCUUUGCUAGGCGUCAGAUAGUGCCGAGAUUUGGCCAUUAUGAAUUGUUUUUAUAUUACUUCUUGGCUUUACCUUUACCUUUUUUGUCAUUGGUGAUGAUGGUGCUAGAAAAUUCAGCCUUUUCAAUUCGUUUUGUAGUAAUAAUAAAGUUCUACUGGGUAGUCUUGUGAACCAAAGAAAAUGGGUGAAUUAGAGGUGAAACUGUUGUGUCGUACAGGAUGCAAAGAUGUCCCACACGACGCACAACAUUUUCACCUCAAAUCAACUACAGACAAAAUAUUUUGUUGGUUGCCACUUUUUUCACAAGACUUUUCAGUAGUACUCUAUGUUUUAUACAAGGGUGUGAGAGUUCAGAUUUUUAUCUGAUUUCAGAUUUUUUGUUGUUUUGAUUUUCAGCUUAAUUUCAGCGUAUAUUUGGCCUUCCUCUGUACAAAAAGUAUGGGAGCUCUUUCUAUUUCAGCUUUUUUCAGAUCUUUUUAUUUGUGACCACUCACACCCCUGUUUAUAAUAGCCACAAAACAAUUGAAGUUCCUUGUUUGUUUGGACAGCAGGUUGAAAAAGAUGUUAAAAUGGCUAAUUUUUCUAGCAUGGACAUGGAAUGGAACUUUUGUUGAAUGGAAUCUCACACCUUUAAUAUAUCGUUGUCUGGCUGGUAGAAGGACAUUGGGACUUACCCCUACAUCAAUCCCAUUUCUGAUAGUCAGGCAGAAGGAUGUUAUCUCCCCUGCGCUAGCUGUACAUUUUGUGCAGCGUGUGCUUGAGCUAACGCCCCUAUGCCAGAUGCACAUGCAGCAAAAUCAUCGCACAGUGCCACAGCCAGGCAACAAUAUCUUAUUAAAAUCAUGGUAUUUGAUCAUGUUUGAGAAGGGUUUUCAUUGAUAAUAUUUGUCAUUCUUAGUUAUGACGAAUAUCAGGUGUCAAUUUUACAUUCAGACUGUUGGCGCACAAUACUGCCCCUUCAGUGUGGAGAGUCCUGAAAAUACAAUGUACAUAGAUGAUGAUGGGGGUGUUAAACCUCUUUUUUAUCUAGAAAUGUUUUUAAACACACGAACAGCUCAGAGAAAGCUAGGUUUUUUAGUUUGGGACAUAAGUGGCAACAUCCUUUUGCCCAGAAAGAGUUUUCUACAGGGAUUAGGUAACACUCUGGAGCUGCCACCAUUUUCAUAUUUACAGCCCUUUCUGAGCUGCCAUUAAAAUGUUCAAAGUAAAAAAUAAAAAGAUACAAGGUUUUACACUUAGUGACCAGAUGGAUUUCCACUCUAUGAUGAAAAUGAUGGCAGAUGAUUGCAGCUUUUUACCUCUUGUUUUGAGAGAUUUUAUGAUAGAUGAUGAGGUAUGUGUAAUCAGUAUUUUCAUGAUUCAGGUGCCAAGUCAGUAAACCAUUGUAUAUGCAUUUAUUUCAUGGGCUUUCUUUGAUUUUAAAUGAAAUUGUGGUCCUCUCAUUCAUUAUCCCUUCGAAAAAAUGUUUUAUUAAUCAGUGCUAUGGAGAUCGGCUAAUACCUUCAUAAUUUUAAGGGGAUGAAUUCGUGAAAUGAUCUCCUCAGCUCAGGCAAAAUUAUGUUCAUUGAUAUCUUUCGAAUUACAAGACUUUCUGAUAAUAUAAUGUAAUUUUUGUUUAAAAGUUACCUCUGUAUGCAAUCAUUGUAUAUAAUUACAAAAGCACUCUGAUCUCUCUUCCUCUUUCUAUCUGUCUUUUCUUUUUUUCACAUCUCCUCUCUUCCAACUUUUCUUCUUUUUUUUCCAAAUAACUUGCUAAAAAUCAAGCUUUUCUGAUUAGUUGCUUUACAAUGACUUGUACGUUCUAUUCUCUUUGAUUUUCCUUUUUAGAUUAGCUUUAUUUAAUUUUCCAUCAAUUUAUUUUGAUAUUUCAGUGCCCACAUUGAUUUAUGAACGCUCUCUAUUAAUUAUUUAUUUUUAUCAUGAAAGGCGAAAAUCAAAGAAGGGGUGUUAUCAAUUAUGUCUGUCAUUUAUAAACUUACUAAUAAACACAAACUACAGUUCUUUUAAUCUUGCACUUUUUAAGAUUCUUUUAUUGAACAGCAAACAGCAUAAAACACAAUUUAAUCAUUACCGAUCAUGAAUUUUAUUAUGUAUCACAUUUCUAAUGAAAUUUCUAAUGCAUAUCUGCAAAGAGAAAUUAUGAAAACUGAUAUAUCCGUUUAUAUAUUCAUUGUGCCUAACAUCUUGUAUAGAUUAUAUGUAUAGUAUGUUGUAAAUAUGAUUAAUUAGUAAGAGUAUGAGAAAUGUUUGUGAGUUGAUAUAUGAAUGAAGAUAUGUGACACAUUACGUCACUCGUUUUACUUGGCUACAAGAUAAAUGUUGAAGAAAUGCAUUUCCAACUUGGCAAUAUUUUAAUUUAUCAAUUUCAAUCAUUUGAAUUUCCAAUUUGCAUUUACAAAAAAAAAACAGGAAAAUAAAAAUGGUAAACAUGAUUGAAAUGUACCAAAAAGACACAUGUAAUAAUUUUUUGAAUUGGUUGUUUUGGAUAAGGGUUUUACUUUAAUUGGGAUUUAAACAGAAUGAAAAAAAAAAUAAAUUUAACAGUUUGAUUGUAAUAAUGAUUUUAUGCACACCUCGUACAGAAAUAUUCAAUUAAACAUCUGUAUGUUGCAGGGCCCAGAUGUCUGUCAUGGGUCAAAAGUGCAUGUACAUUUGCUGUAUUUUUAACAACUUUUUAUAAAAAUAAUGAAAUUUGUUUCAGACACUAUUAUUGAAACAAUACCAAUCCAUUGACCAUGAUUUUAUGAGUUAGUUUUUAUGAAUCUAUUGGGAGAAUAUCUAUUUAACUUUUUAAUUGAGAGAUUUUCAAUAAUUCACUAACUUUUAGUAAGAAAAAAAAGAGUGAUGACCAAUCCAUUACUUUUUGUAGUCUUUUAUGAAUAAUCAGUCGGUAUCUCUCUUGAGUGCCCUAACAGACUUGAUUAAAAGAUUUUUAGCAUUAAAAAUUAGUUAUAUCCCAUUUCUCUUUAAUUCCAUUAAGAAUUGAUCACCUUGAAAUAUUGCACUAUUCAAUUGACCAUGGUAUUUUCCUUGUCUCCAUGAAUUCUUGUUUAAAAACUCAUUGGUAACUUAUGGCAUGAUCCCAUUGUACAGUGUAUCAUUAAAGUCAAAUCAAAAGCAAGGGCGUGAAAGGGAUGGAAUCAAACAUUGUCCUAUUAUACUAUGCAAUUUUCAUGUUUCUUGAAAAAAUAGUACCAAUAUUUUUAAACAGAUUUCAGUGGAUGCAAUAAGAGUCAAUUUAUUACAUGAUGGAACAUGCAAAGGAAAAUAUAAGAAAACUACUGUAUAAAUUAUGUAAAGGAAAAUGUAAAGUAGUACUAAAUAGUGAGAGAAAUAAAAUUGUUGGGAACAUAA